ACUACAGCAGCUGCACCACUACACCACUACACCGUGUGAGUAACUAGCUGCACCUGGUUAGCUUUAAGUUUUGUGACCAGCGAAGUUCAACCAGUUUGAUGAGGACAUCAGCCGACAGUUGUUAAAGAGACACAGAGAGAGGGGGAGAGGGGGAGAGCGAGAGAGCGAGCCUCCACCUGUUAUUCGCUACAUCGAGGAGCUAAUAGCUAACGCUCUGGUACGGGUUGACUGCUAGCUCACUUUGGCUAAUUGAGACCGUUUAUUCCCCCUGCUGCGUACCAUAGCAAGCUUGUCAGCAUGCUGCAGUGAGUGAUGCACAGAGUUUUGAUAUUAAUAAUGGCCUUUUGGGGGGCGCAAGCAUGCCCCGACUCAGAGAGCUGUCCGACAGAGUCACCCAAUUCCACCAAUUCCAGGGAUUACUGCUACUCUGCCCGAAUUCGCAGUACAGUGCUACAGGGUUUGCCCUUCGGUGGGGUGCCUACUGUCCUUGCCCUUGACUUUAUGUGCUUUUUGGUCCUGCUGGUCGUGUUCUCCUUCUUGAGGAAAGUAGCAUGGGACUAUGGGCGCCUCGCUCUGGUGACUGACGCUGACAGAAGAAUGGACCAACGGUACAGUCGCCUGGAUGAUCGGGAAUAUGUGGCUUCUGCCAUGACGUCAGAAACACCUGAACGCUACGAACGCCUCACCUCAGUUUCCAGCUCAGUAGACAUUGAACAAAGAGACACAGGCUUCUGCUCCUGGUUGACUGCCAUCUUCCGCAUCAAGGAUGAAGAGAUAAGGGAGAAGUGUGGUGAGGAUGCAGUGCAUUACUUGUCCUUUCAGCGCCACAUAAUUGGGCUGUUGGUAGUGGUGGGUGUGCUCUCCGUUGGCAUCAUCUUACCAGUCAACUUCUCGGGAAACCUACUAGAAAACAAUGCCUAUAGUUUUGGGCGAACCACUAUAGCAAAUCUGGAUGCUGCUAAUGCACUACUGUGGCUGCACACUACCUUUGCGUUCCUCUACCUGUUACUGACAGUGUACAGCAUGAGAAGACACACCUCCAAGAUGCACUACAAAGAAGAUGACCUGGUGAAACGCACUUUAUUUGUCAACGGAAUCUCCAAAUAUGCAGAGGAGACAGACAUAAAGCAACACUUUGAGCAGGCGUAUGAAAACUGCACUGUACUGGAAGCUCGUAUCUGUUACAACGUGGCCAGACUCAUGUAUCUUAACUCUGAAAGGAAGAAGGCGGAGCGCAACAAGAAAUUCUUCCUUGACCUGCAAGCCAAAGAGCAUAUUACCACCAUGAUAAACCCAAAGCCCUGUGGACAUCUCUGCUGUUGCAUCAUUAAAGGCUGUGAGCAGGAAGAGGCAGUGACUUACUACACUAAGCUGGAGGCACAACUAAAAGAUGACUACAGAAAGGAGAGAGAGAAGGUUAACAGGAAGCCUUUAGGAAUGGCCUUUGUCACCUUUCAAAAUGAGUCUAUAACUGCAAUAAUCUUGAAGGACUUCAAUGCUUGCAAGUGUCAAGGCUGUCAUUGUCGCCGGGAGCCCCAGUGCUCUAAUUUCAGCGCCAAGCUUCACACACAGAACUGGGCCGUCACCUAUGCCCCUGAUCCACAAAAUGUCUACUGGGAGCAUCUGUCAUUGGGAGGAUUCUCCUGGUGGAUCCGCUGCUUGAUCAUCAACAGUGUCCUCUUCCUCCUCCUCUUCUUCCUCACCACCCCAGCCAUCAUUAUCUCCACCAUGGACAAGUUCAAUGUUACCAAACCAGUGGAGUACUUAAAUAAUCCAAUUAUCACCCAGUUCUUCCCUACCCUUCUCCUAUGGUCCUUCUCCGCCUUACUUCCUACCAUUGUCUACUACUCUGCCUUCUUCGAAGCCCACUGGACCCGGUCAGGAGAGAACAGAACUACAAUGCAUAAAUGCUACACUUUCUUAAUAUUUAUGGUCCUGUUGCUGCCCUCCCUAGGACUCAGCAGUUUGGAUGUUUUCUUCCGUUGGCUUUUUGACAGAAGAUUUUUGGCAGAUGCUAAAGUGAGAUUUGAGUGCGUGUUCCUCCCUGAUAACGGAGCCUUUUUUGUGAACUAUGUCAUUGCCUCUGCGUUCAUCGGUAAUGCCAUGGACCUGCUGAGGAUCCCAGGUCUACUUAUGUACAUGAUUCGCCUUUGCCUGGCACGCUCUGCAGCCGAGCGGAGGAAUGUCAAGAGGCAUCAAGCGUAUGAGUUCCAGUUUGGAGCAGCUUAUGCCUGGAUGAUGUGUGUGUUCACUGUGGUUAUGACCUACAGCAUCACCUGCCCAAUCAUCGUCCCUUUUGGGCUAAUGUACAUGCUGCUGAAACACUUAGCAGACCGGUACAACAUGUACUAUGCUUACCUGCCAUCCAAACUGGACAAAAAGAUCCAUUCAGGAGCUGUUAACCAAGUGGUGGCUGCUCCUAUUCUUUGUCUCUUUUGGCUUCUUUUCUUCUCCACAAUGCGCUCUGGGUUUUCAGCUGCAACAUCCAUGUUCACGUUCAUAGUUUUGAUCAUCACAAUCAUUGUCUGCCUCUCUCACGUCUGCUUUGGACAUUUUAAAUAUCUCAGUGCUCACAACUACAAGAUUGACACUCAGGUAGACGGGAUGGAGAAUGGGCGUCCAGUGUGCACUACUGCUUCCAGCAAAGCAGCACAGAUGUACAUUGCUCAGGUACUUCAAGACCCAAAUUCAGAGGAGGCAGGCUCAGGCAGCGGUGAGGAUGACGGCCAGGGGUCCUCGCAGGACGAGGAAAUAAUCAAUGUGGAAAAUGGCCUGAAUGAGGACUUCCAGUCUGGUGAGGACAGUCUUAUUGAUAAUGAAGUGCGACACUGACUCUGCCUAAAAUGGAAAUAAAAUAAGUUAACUUAAGUUUAACUUGAGGAGUGCACUGAAUAUGUGAAUUAAACUAGGAACUGGACCAACAGUUCUCCAAAGUAUCUCAACCUCCAUCGAGGGACUCUACACUAACAAAAGCACACUUUCUACUAAGGAUGAAAUGGAUUCUAGCUCAAGGACUCUUGCAUUUCCUUCAGUGGGUCUCAUCAAAGCUACAUAUCCUGUGAACCUGCAGAGGAAACCUACUCCGACAAUGCAAGGGCAGCAACAUCUCCUGGUAACGCAGAGGCUCACCCUAAACACUACACAUGGACCCAAUGAAAGAAAAACACUAAUGCACAAAUGAAGAAUUUUUUUGCCUUGUCUUGUAAGGGGAGUGAUAUUCUGUCUGUAUUUCUUUAACACUAUUGCACUUGAAAGAGAGGACCUGUCCUAUAAGCUCGAGUUCCACUAAGGUACUGUAGUAUGGCAUGCCUUCAAGUUCAAAGAACGGAGGGAUUUUCCCAUAAUCCUUUGCCAGUAUCCCUAAUUGUCUGCACUAGAUACUUUCACUGACUAAGCAGCUUAUGAGAGACGAGAGCUUUCCACACCAGCAGAUAACUUGUCUGUGCAGUUGUGUUGGUCCCAAAAUGGUUCUUCCAAUCUUGUAAAAGCCUUUAAAAGAAAAAGACAAAAAAUAUAUAGCUACUAACACUCCUGAACGCUUUGACACUGUACAACUGCAAAACUCAUGAUUUGUGAAAUAGCCUUUUUUGACAUGGUAUUUAUUUGUAGGCAUGGGAUUUUUAAUGCUAUUAAGCUUGACACACCCCUAAACUGUGGAAGGAGAUGAUUCAUAUCUUGGCACACUUCAUUGAUAAAGGCGUUAAGCCUCUGAGCCUUUGUUGGAACUGCUGUUGGACUGCUGCUACUGAUGCUGCCCCUGUUUGGGGGGAAUUCCUUGCACGGUGACCACAGGAGGACUGGAGGCCCGAGAGCCUGCUGGUUCCUUUUGUGUUGCUCGGAGGAUGGACAGAAAGGCCCUCUUGGUUUUUCUGGGUCGGUUUCAUAUGAUACUCAUUGUGACUGGUUCUCUUUUAUCUGUUGUUUUCAUUUGUUUCUUUUUGUCCAUAUGUUUACAGUACGUCGUUAUGUACAGAUUUUGAAAUUAGCAUUCAGUUGUAGGUGGCUACUGUCUGGUCCUCUUCAGUGUAUAUGUAGACACUUCAUCAUGUAGGUAGAAUAUUGUAACUUCAAGUCGUCAUUGUUACAGUCUCCCAUUUGCCAGCACUCAGUACCGAGUUGUAGAUUAACUCAAACUGCGCAAUUUUGGUGAUAACAUAUCAAAUCUUUAGCAGGCUGCACAAGAGAAUCAAGCAGUUACACCAGUGGAUGAGAUUUAGAUCCAUUAAUCAUUUCACACAUUUUCAAACGAUAGCUUGGAAGCACAAUUGAAGAUAUGUUCAUUACGUCGCUUCUUGAGCUGUUAUGAAGGAAUCAAAUAUCCCCCAAAAUCGCACAUUCCACUUGCAGUUCCAGUUACCAGCUUUGUAAGACUUCUGCCAGAGAAAUAGUGAUGUUGUCAUUCAUUUACUGUACACAGUGGACACGCUGUGCAACAUUUACUCCAUACUUGAUCAUUAAACACCCAGAUUAAAUGUCUAAAAUAGUCCUGAUUUGCCUCAGUCAGAUGAGGUAGCUUUUUUUUGAAGUUUCAGGAAGACAUAAAUAUAUACUUAACUAAUGCGUACACCAAGUACUGUAACAAAAUGUGAAACUCAGUGCCUGCACAGUUAUUAUCUUACUUAAGAUUUACCAAGCUUUUUGUUUCUGUAAUUUAAUUCUUCCUUAGUCAAGAUGACACUAAUGUUACCCCGCUGAACAUGAAUAAGAUUGUUAUUAAAGCAAGGUAAAGUGCUGCAGACAAAGUAACACUACAGUCUGACAUUAUGGACCAAUUAUCAUUAUUGGACCGUAAUAUGGAAAAUGUAUUAUCUAGCUGCUCAGAGAACCAUUGUGGGAAAUGUGCACUAAUAUCUUACUUUCACUUAUAUGACUGACAGAGAAGAGUGCGCUCCCUGUGGGUGUGAUGACGACAAUGGUGAGCCCGAACCGUUUUCAUAAUUUGUCCAUGGGUAUAUCAGCACCACAUAUGGGUAUAUUAUUAUGGUACUAACUAAGAGUUGUUUGACACCAUUGAGUCUGGUGCUCUUCUAGUCAUGAUAAGGUGAUUUUAUUUUUUAUACCUCUUCAUUUUUAUACCUCUGAGAUGUCUUCAAAUCUCUGAAUGUGUCCUGUCAGAAUAACAUACUGUCCAGGUCUGAGGGAGAUGCUUAAAAGUCUCAACAUGUCUAACAACAGUUUUUAAAAUGCUGAAUGUAGGUUAACUCCUUGACUUUUGGUAAGAUAUAUGUGGCUGAAGUAAAAGUGUGAUAGCUGUAUUCAAACAGCUUUGUAAGGAUGGUUCAUUAGCUAACUAGAAACUGACAGUUUUAUAUGAAACUAACUGGUGUCCUGUCCCAUGUCGAGGCAUUUCAUUUGAAUACAGAUUUACAUUUGUCACUUUGAUAACUGCAUUGAUUAGUAGUCUUUAGUUAGUUGUUAAUCUAGAAUCAGUGCAUUAAGUCAUCCUCAUGUUGAAUCAUUUUCUUUUAGAUUAUCUUCAUAAGAUCUUUAUAAACAGUGGGACCCACUGGAAAUAAAUUGAUAGUUUUUUUUUGGGAAACAACCAAGCACCCUCUAAUAGAAAUUCUCAGCUUAUUUCUACAAUGUAUUCAGAGUGGGUAGUGAAAUGUCUCUAUGUCAAAACUGUGUCCAUAGAAUGUGUUUUUUUGUGUGCUUUGCCUUUUUUAGUUUUACAUUUUUGCAACAUAGGAAGAGUAACAAUAGCACAUCUCAGCAUUUGACGGUCUCAUUUUAUCAUUCUUUCCAAAGGGCCAUCUGUACAACGGGUAUGCGACAUAUAUCUGUACCUUUCCCCAGCUCUUUGAACAAUAAAUCUGUAUUU